AUGGGUUGGGUCCAUAAUCUUGCCCACCCGGAUGCCCACAGCCAUGUGGCGCGAGUGAUCGCGAUCUGCUUGACAUUCAGCAUCAGUGCGGUGAUCGCCCUUUUGCUACGGUUUUAUAUCCGCUUGCAUUCGAAACGUGCCCUUUGGCUAGACGACUACUCGGCGGCAUGCAGUGCAGUGUUGGGAUUAGCUUAUGCGGGGAUCGCAGUGGCCCAAACACGGUAUGGCUUAGGACUGGAUGCAGCUUCGUUCCCAGAUGCGAACGUGGUGAUGUUCAGUAAGAUCCAAUACGCCGGCGGCCCCACGUAUAUCCUCGCUAUCCUCUGCUUCAAGGUCUCGCUCCUGACUUCUUAUCUACGGAUCGGAGGUUUCGUUGCCACCUAUCGAUGGAGUAUCAUUGGGGUGGUGAUCGCCGUGGUGUGCAACCAGGUUAUUUUCACUUUUCUCUUAACACUGGCGUGCAAUCCAGUUGCAAAGCAAUGGGACGCGAGUCUUCCAGGAACAUGCAUUGACACAGUUGCUUCAUAUUAUGGAACAAGCCUGGGUCUCGACAUAGUCAUUAUUGCCCUCCCCCUCCCAGUCCUAUGGUCCUUACAACUCCGACAAGCGCAAAAGAUCGCUCUCAUGGCCCUCUUCGCCCUAGGCUUCUUCAUUACCAUCAUCCAAAUUAUCCGUAUCUUCACCAUCAAGCACCUCAAAACCUACACAGACAGCCAACCGAUCGUCUUAUGGUCGCAAGUGGAAAUAAGCCUGGGAGUAAUAAUCGCAUGUGUCCCCACCUACGGCCCUUAUUUCCACGCCUUCGCC